CCUGCGCCGGCUGCGAGGCUGGGCCCGUGGCAGCUCGUACCGGGUGAUGCUAGGCGGCUCCCUGGGCUUCAGGCUGUUGCGAGGUGUGGUUGGGAGUCGUGGGCAGUUUGGAGCGCGGGGUAUCCGCGAGGGUGGCGCGGCUAUGGCGGCAGGGGAGAGCAUGGCUCAGCGGAUGGUCUGGGUGGACCUGGAGAUGACAGGAUUGGACAUUGAGAAGGACCAGAUUAUUGAGAUGGCCUGUCUGAUAACUGACUCUGAUCUUAACAUUUUGGCUGAAGGUCCUAACCUGAUUAUAAAACAGCCAGAUGAGUUGUUGGACAACAUGUCAGAUUGGUGUAAGGAGCAUCAUGGGAAGUCUGGUCUUACCAAAGCAGUGAAGGAGAGUACAAUUACAUUGCAGCAGGCAGAGUAUGAAUUUCUGUCCUUUGUACGACAGCAGACUCCUCCGGGGCUCUGUCCACUUGCAGGAAAUUCAGUUCAUGCAGAUAAGAAGUUUCUUGACAAAUACAUGCCCCAGUUCAUGAAACAUCUUCAUUAUAGAAUAAUUGAUGUGAGCACUGUUAAAGAAUUGUGCAGACGCUGGUAUCCAGAAGAAUAUGAAUUUGCACCAAAGAAGGCUGCUUCUCACAGGGCACUUGAUGACAUUAGUGAAAGCAUCAAAGAACUUCAGUUUUACCGAAAUAAUAUCUUCAAGAAAAAAACAGAUGAAAAGAAGAGGAAAAUUAUAGAAAAUGGGGAAAAUGAGAAGACUGUGAGUUGAUGCCAGUUCUCAUGCUGCCACUACAUAGUUCUCUGGAAGCAACUUCUGGUGGUUUUUUUUUUUCACGCUGACUACUUGGCAGAGCACCUUCCCUCAGUUAACUUGUAUUCCCAGAUUAUUCAAGCAGAUAUCCCCUAAAAUACUAUUUUUCUCCUAAUGUGCUCUUUCCAUUGUGACACAGCAGCUCCUUUGUAAGUACCAGGUCAUGUCUAUCUCUUGGUACAUAUCUGCAUUUGCUUUUAGACCAUUUCUUUUGUUUUUA